AUGAUAUCUAUGUCAGUACGGUAUACAUCUAUUCGACGUGUUUCAACUUUAACUGACGUAAUAAAUAAACGUUUAAAACCUGAAUUAAAUUCUAUUCAUCAAGCUGGUACUUGGAAAAAUGAACGAAUUCUAUCUACAAGUCAAAGUUCACAUAUUAAAAUAGAAAAUUCUCCAAAUGAGUUAUUAAAUUUUUGUGCUAAUAAUUAUUUGGGUUUAGCAAAUAAUUCUCAAAUAAUUCAAGCAGCAAAAAAUGCACUUGACAAGUAUGGUGCUGGUCUUAGUUCUGUACGAUUUAUAUGUGGUACACAAACAAUACAUAAACAACUUGAACAACGUAUUGCAAGUUUUCAUCAACGAGAAGAUGCAAUACUUUAUAUAUCUUGUUUCGAUGCUAAUGCAGGUUUAUUUGAAACAUUAUUGAAAGAACAAGAUUAUAUUAUUAGUGUAAGUUAUUAA